AACUGCUUGGAUUAGCAAAAAAUUUAAACAAUAUGAGCAAUCCCCAAAUUACUUACAUGGAUGUCGACAAUGUCGUCACUGAGGAGUUUAUAGACAGCAUUGUCACUGAGGAUUUUAUUGACAACUUUGUUGAAAAUUUCGAAGGCAAUUUUGAGAACACAUAUUCAACUGUACUUGCAAACGCCUUAUUACGAGAUAGUUAUGAUGAAAAUGAUGAUGAAAAUGAUGACGAAAAUGAUGAUGAAAAUGAUCUGAAUUUUACAGUUCUUUUAGUCAAGUUCAUUCCAUAA